AAUCUGCGUCCUCGCGGAUCCUAGCCAGGUUUGUUAACCACUGAGCCACAAAGGGAACUCCCUAUAUAGAUUUAAUUUUUAAGCUUGGAAUACUACUUUUUAACCACUUUAUGUUCCAUUUGCGUGAUUUAGACUUGGUUUAACAAUUCGCCAACACCAUCAAACAAAAUAGACCAGUUUCAACAGUAUUAUAAAAUUGUUCUGAAGAUUUAUCAUGUUCAGCAGAAAGAAAAAAAAUCUCACCAGUGGUUUGAGACCUUUUGUAACUAUCUGAUAAUUUGUCACCAGAACAACAUGCCAGAACACCCCGCGUCAUUUGAUAGAAGCAUUGAGCCCUAACUGCGGUUCCCUGAUGCUUUCAUUCAGAGCUUUUCACCCAGAACAAGAGCCAGACAUCCUGACGCAGGCGAAUGGAAAACAUGAGAUGUGGUAUGGCGUGUUCCUGUGGGCGCUGGUGUCCUCCCUCUUCUUUCAUGUCCCUGCUGGAUUACUGGCCCUCUUCACCCUCAGACAUCACAAAUAUGGUAGGUUCAUGUCUGUAAGCAUCCUGUUGAUGGGCAUCGUGGGACCAAUUACUGCCGGAGUCUUGACAAGUGCAGCAAUUGCUGGAGUGUACCGGGCAGCAGGAAAAGAAAUGAUACCAUUUGAGGCCCUGACCUUGGGCACAGGACAGACGUUCUGUGUCGUCGUGGUCUCGUUUUUACGGAUUUUAGCUACUCUGUAGCUACACGCUUGUGCUGUGAUGGCCAACCUGUUUUGUAGAAUCCUCGAAAAGAAUACAUUUUGGAAUGUAGUGUUUUCCUUAGUUCUUCAACGGAAGCAACUUGGAAGAAAAAGUCUCUCAAGAGCUCCACUUCAGUCCUUUCUUCAGUUUGAAGCUCCAGGAAUUAAAGAUCUUUCGGGACUCACUGUUCUCAACCAAAACAAAUCGUGCUUCUUUUCUUUUUAAACAUACUCAGUUACUUUCACAGGUGCACCUUUACCCAAGCCAGGUCAGAAGUGCUUCUGAGUGGGCUGCCUUCGCACUGAAACUUGUAAUAUUCUCUGAGAAAAUGCAAAGUCACAUAUUGCAGAGAAGCUCUGGAACAUGUUAGUUUAUUUCCGAACAGAGUAUAUUGUACUCCAAUCUGAUCUGAUCUGAUCGUGAUUGAAAUUUGGCAGACUCUUCUCUUGCCACACCUUCAUGACAUAAGUGCCAAGUAGGUCCUGGUUGAGUAUAGCAUUGAGAAUGAAUGUGGUGAAAUAAAAAACAUGGAAAAAAAUUCUAACUCAAGUAGUGGCUCCAGUUCCAUUGUUUAAAGAAAAAGGAGGUAACUACUGAAUGAUGUGGUAUUUUAUGGCUAACUAUCUUGACCUCUCAUUAUUUAAUGUGUUUUAAGAGAUGUGAAUUUGUUGUUUUGUACUUUUUAUCAAAAUAAGCUACUAAUUGAGACUUUGUCUCCUAGAAUUCCUGUACCACCUUUUCCUAUCACUUUUAUUCUUUUUUUUUUUUUUUUUUUUUUGUCUUUUGUCUUUUUGUUGUUGUUGCUAUUUCUUGGGCCGCUCCCGCGGCAUAUGGAGGUUCCCAGGCUAGGGGUUGAAUCAGAGCUGUAGCCACCGGCCUACGCCAGAGCCACAGCAACGGGGAUCUGAGCCGCGUCUGCAACCUACACCACAGCUCACGGCAACGCCGGAUUGUUAACCCACUGAGCAAGCGCAGGGACCGAACCCGCAACCUCUUGGUUCCUAGUCGGAUUCGUUAACCACUGCGCCAUGACAGGAACUCCCACUUUUAUUCUAUUGAUUUUAUUUAGUUGAAUUAGAAAGGUACCCUAUUAAAUAGUUUGAGUUUGAAAAAAAAUUUUUUUUGCGGGGGGUGGGGGCUGCACUGGAGGCUUGCAGAAAUUCCUGGCCAGGGAUGGAACCCGUGCCACAGCUGUAACCAGAGCCACAGCAGUGACACUGCUGGAUCUUUAACUCGCUGAGCCACUGAGGAACUCCCUAGCGGAACAUUUUAAGACAGACUGGUUAGGAUAUUCUUCUGACAUCCAGAGGCGCACCGCACACACAAAAAGAUACUUUAAACAUUGUUCUACUUUUUCUCAAUGCUUUUGGUUUAUCCAUGGCUCUGGGAAAAUUGUGUAAGUGCAACUUAAACCAGAGUCCGUGGUUAUUGAUUUCCUAGUCCCAGUGUGGCUACCUAGGGGUGGGUCUUCAGCCCACUUUUACAGUGUUGGGUGUCACUCCCAGAAAGUGCCUAAAGUUUAAUUUUCAGAUAAGCCUUCCAUGGUGCCCUGUACAUUUUCCUUCCAGAGAAUUUGUAUCCUUCAAGAGAAUUAAAUAGCAGACUUUUUUUAAAACCCACUCUUAGCUAUUUUGAUUUUCUUUCUAAUGCCUAACUUUCUUUUUCAUUUAAAGGCCUGAAAACUGUGACCUUCCAAAGCAAAGGACUGCAAACAUUAAGUAACGUUAUCCUUACCACCUAAACUGUUCUGUGUGAAAUAUAAUUGAUGUUGUUAUCUGUUUUGAAAAUAGUUUCUGGUAAUUAAAUCUGGCAGUUUUGAAGGGAAAAUUUUCAUUGUGAGUGUAAGGCUAACUGCCCAUGAGGUCAUGUGCAGUUCUCUUUCAUUUAAAGCAAUAUGCCCUCUGGUUUCCGAGUAAAAAUAGCCAAGAGGACCGACCCAUUUACCAAGGAUAGUCAAAAAGAAAAAUGACAAAGGACCUCAAAAUUAUUUGGACUUUUUUUUUUUAACUAAUAGGCCAUUAGACCACUUAGCAAAAUUAUAGUGAGGUGUUCACUCCGACCAGGUGCAGGAUUACAAGCGUUGGAAUGCGGGCAACUCUCUCUACAAAUUUCCCAACAAGAUCACUCUCCAAUGCUCAAAUCUCCCUUUCAAGCAAGUUUUAAAAUCUUUAAAGACUCCACUUCUUAGUUCGACGAGCUGUAAUUUUAACAAAUAGAAAAUUUCUUCAUUUUAAAAAAUAUGUCGUAGGAAAUGAUUUUAAUCAUCUCUCUUUGAAGGAAGCCUCUUAGCAGUCUCACCUGAAACAUCCCUUUGGACAGAAUUUCACAAGUUGAACAUGUAGGCCAGUGGUCUGUGGGCCCCUCCCUCCCCCUGAAUAUUUAUUUUUGAACACACUGAUCCAUGAUUUGUUUGUGUGUUUGUUUGCACUUUUGUCCUUUUAGGGUCGCACCUGCAGCAUUUGGAGGUUCCCAGGCUAGGGGUCCAAUCGGAGCUGUAGCCACCGGCCUACGCCACAGACUCAGCAAUGCCAGAUCCUUAACCCACUGAGCAGGGCCAGGGAUUGAACUCAAGUCCUCAUGGCUGCUAGUCAGGUUUGCUAACCAUUGAGCCACAACAGGAACUCCUGACCCAUGAUUUAAAUGUCCUGGCUAUUUUUCUUUUAGAGCCCAGACACAAAAGCAAAUGCAUUUUGAAAGUUGUUUUUGUUUUUAUUGGUUUAUUGUUUGAUUAUCCACUCUAAGAAAAACCCAAAAAACUUCAAAUAUAAAAUGUAUUUUCAAAUUAUUGAAUGUUUCAUCCAUCCCAGUAUGUGAAAUUCUCCUGUGAAUAAAUGUGUAUAGUCUUUAUACAGCUUGAGCUUUGUAGCCUGAAAUGUUUUCAGGGAGAAACUCUUUCAAUAAAAUAGGGAAUGUCUAUUCUCCCUUGGAGUUUUUUUACUUUCUCAUCACAAUACACAAUUGUUUGGGAGUGGUUGCUCAAUGAAAACAUACUGGCAUUUGUGUUGAAUAUUUUGUAUAUUUUGUUUUCCCACAUAUGGCUUCUGAGAAUUCUUGCCAAGUACUGACUUUCUCAGAGGCUGGCGACCACCCCUCCUGAGCUGUGCAUCUGUGUUUCCUUUUUUUUUUUUUUUUUUUUAAAUGAGGAGGGAGGGAGGCAGCCCCAACCAUAAAAAGCCGAUUUCUGGAUUCUUUAAUACAGAGGUUUUAGGGUAAAGGCAUUUCAUGUAAACUUAAAUCGAUAUUCCAAUCCAGUCAUGAAUAUUCCAAGGUAAAGCUCUCUUUGUGCUGUUAACUAAUUUUUUUUUUUUUUUGGCAGCAAACCAUUACUUAGGAAAUGUCUAAACGAAUGAGAAAAAAUUUCAUGCAAAUAAUGAUUUUUAGCCCUUAGGUUUUCUGUCCCUUUAAACUGUAUGUGAGUCUUCGAUUUCAAUGUCCUUUCUUGCUGCUCUGGUUUCAUCUAAGUUCGUAUUCCUACUGCAGUGCAUACCAGUUUCCCCUAGGAGACCAUCUCCUGGAAUAUGAAGCUCUGGUGCCAUUUGUGUCCACACGCAGCAGCUUCUGCGUACAUGCAUUUCGUUUUCUGUGCACUCUGUUAGGCUGGUUGUGGCUAAAAUCAGCUUACCUUUCCGUAUUAGAUUAUUUCACUAAUUGCUACAGGUAAAAUGAUGGAAUCUUUGUACUAGAGAAAAUUAUUUCAAUUUUAUUUUUCUACUGACAUUUCUAAUUCUGGUAUAAAUGUUUAUCAAUAAAGAAUUACUUUCAAUCGG